CAGCACAUGGCUUUAGGACCAUGAAGAAUGCUGAAGACAUGGCUGAUCCUGGGUCACCAACACACUCUGGUGGAGGUACCCGGGUACCAAAAACAACAUCAGUGUAAAUGCCGGCAGACAUUUGACUUUGGGAUUUCGUGCGUCGUUCGGACUGAUCGCAGGCCCGUCGCAACAAGGCAAGCAAACCAGGCAAUUGCUUGGGGCCCCGAGCUUGCCUGGGGCCCCCAGACACCGACUGGUUAUGAAUAAAAUGCAACGACAAAUUGUGUGUUCCCCUUUAAAUUCUGUGAUGGUCAAUGCAGAAAAGUGCAAUGACGCUAUUUUCGGGAUCCCCCUCAGGGGGCCCCCUCCCCCGUUGCUGACGGUAGCCAGCCAGCCAGCACUCAGACAGUUGCGUGAUUCCAGUGCCGGGAAAAUAUGAAACCAAAGUCCUUUUUAGGCCUAUAUAGAAAUAUCUCUGAUGAACACCAGCAAUCAUGAAGCGGAGUCUCAGGAAGCCAGAAAAGAAAGAAGUGAAAGGAAGAAGAAGAUAAGAAAAACAGAUAGCGGUACUUGGCUUAAAUUUCUAAGCCCUCUACCUACGGAUGCCUCCAUUGAUGAAGCUCCACCUCUCAUUUGUGAGGAAGAAGAGGACAUGGGAGAGACUGUAUGCAGUGAUUCCAUGGCCUCAAUGUCAAUUGAGUCUGCAGAAGUUCUCAGCUCUGAUGUUACCUCUGCACAAGAUCAGAGACACACAGACCUCGAUCUCCAGUGCCCAGCUGUGUGUCUAUGAAGAGUGAUGUGUCCCUCCCUCAACCUCCAAACUUCAGCAGUGAACCACCACACUCUGAAUCCCAAUCAGAGACACACAGACCUCCAUCUCCAGUGCCCAGCUGUGUGUCCAUGAAGAGUGAUAUGUCCCUCCCUAAACGUCCAGACUUCAGCAGUGACCCACCACACUCUGAACCCAAAUCAGAUCCACACAGACCUCCAUCUCCGGUGCCCAGCUGUGUGUCAGUGAAGAGUGAUAAGUCCCUGCCUAAACGUCCAGACUUCAGCAGUGAACCACCACACUCUGAAUCCAAAUCAGAGACUCCCAGCUGUGUGUCUGUGAAGAGUGAUAAGUCCCUGCCUAAACGUCCAGACUUCAGCAGUGAGCCACCACACUCUGAAUCCAAUGAGUUGAUGGCUGAUCAGUUGAUGGGUGGAGUACAUGAACAGGUACCGAGUGACAUCAUCACCUGUGAACACAACAUCAACAAAAACACAGAUAAUGAGAUCCUGAGGAGAGUUAAAGAGAACCAUAAAGCCAGUAUGAAGAAGAGGUUUGAGAACAUAUCUGAAGGCAUCAUUAAACCAGGAGCAGAGAUACUCCUCAAUGAGAUCUACACUGAGCUCUACAUUACCGAGGGAGAGAGUGAAGGGGUGAAUAAGGAGCAUGAGGUCUGGCAGAUAGAGUCAGCAUCCAGAUCUCAAACCACAGAAGACACACCAAUCAACUGCAAUGACAUCUUCAAGCCCUUACCUGGACAUAAAAAGUGCAUUAGAACUGUGAUGACCAAAGGUGUUGCUGGCAUUGGAAAAACAGUCUCAGUGCAGAAGUUCAUUCUUGAUUGGACAGAUGGGGUAGCCAAUCAGGAUGUAGACUUCAUGUUCCCCCUUUCCUUCCGUGAGUUGAAUUUGGUGAGGAGUGAUCAGUUUAGUCUUCACAAACUCCUCCUUGACUUUCACCCUGAGCUGAAGGAGCUGAAUGAUGUUGAAGGAUACGAAGACUGUCAGGUUGUGUUCAUCUUUGAUGGGUUGGAUGAGAGUCGGUUGACUCUGGAUCUGAAACAGAAGAGUAAGUUGUCUGAUGUGAAACAAACAUCUUCAGUGGAUCUUUUGAUGGCGAGUCUCAUUCAGGGAACGUUGCUUUCCUCUGCACUCAUCUGGAUAACCUCACGACCAGCAGCAGCCAGUCAGAUUCCUACUCAGUAUAUCGACCAGGUAACAGAAGUACGAGGAUUUAAUGACCCACAGAAGGAAGAGUACUUUAGGAAGAAAAUCAGUAAUGAGAGUCAGGCCAACAGAAUCAUAUCCCACAUUAAGGCAUUCAGGAGUCUCCACAUCAUGUGCCACAUUCCAAUCUUCUGUUGGAUUGCAGCCACUGUACUACAACAGAUGUUGGAACAGGACAACACCCAGGCAAUACCCACAACUCUGACUGAGAUGUUCAUACACUUUCUGCUCAUCCAGACCACCAGAAAGAAUCAGAAAUAUCAAGAAAGAAGACACGAAUCAGAUAAGAAAAAGCUCUUGGAAUUACAGAAAGAAAUCAUUUUAAAGUUAGCUGAAAUGGCCUUUAAUAAUCUAGAGAAAGGCAAUCUGAUAUUUUAUGAGAAAGACCUGAAAGAGUGUGGCAUUGAUGUCAGUGAAGCCUCAGUUUACUCUGGCAUGUGCACUGAGAUCUUCAAGGAAGACUCUGUUUUUCACGAGAGGAAAGUCUACUGCUUUGUGCACCUGACUAUUCAGGAGUUUCUGGCAGCACUUCAUAUAUUCAUAUCGUAUCAACAGCGCAAUUGGAAUACACUACACUCUGUUUGUGGUGACAGAUGGUUAACACAGGCUACGUUUCUAAAGAAGGUAGUGGAUAAAGCUUUGAAGAGCAGGAAUGGGCACCUGGAUCUUUUCCUUCGCUUCCUUAUGGGCAUCUUUCUGGAGAGCAAUCAGAGACUUCUGCAAGGUCUACUGAACCGCACAUACAGCACCACAGAGGACAUUAAGGUGAUCUGUCGGUAUAUAAAAGAGCUCAACAGAGAAGAUCUCUCUCCUGAAAGAUGCAUGAAUCUUUUCCACUGCUUGUUUGAAAUGAAUGAUCAUUCCAUGCACCAAGAAAUUAGAAAAUAUCUGGAGUCACCUAAAGAUUUCAAAGGCCAGUUGUCUCCUGCUCAUUGUUCAGCACUGGCCCACAUGCUUCUCUUGUCUGAGGAGGUGCUGGAUGAGUUUGAGCUGAAGAAAUACAACACGUCAGAUGAGGGGCGCAGGAGACUGAUCCCAGCUGUGAGGUGUUUCAGAAAAGCACAGCUUGCUGGCUGUAAACUCACAGAUAAGUCAAGUGAGGUGGUGGCCUCAGUUCUACAGUCACCAAACUCCCUGAACGAGCUGGACUUGAGCAACAAUGAUCUGGGAGAUUCUGGAGUUCAGCUUCUUUCGAAAGGACUGUCUAGUCCCCACUGCAAGCUGCAGAUACUAAGGCUUUGCAAGUGUGGUUUCUCAGGCGAAGGAUAUGUUUGUCUGGCUCUGGCCCUGAUGGUAAACCCCUCCUGUGUGAAAGAGCUGCAUGUGAGCAACAAUCACCCGGGAGGAUCAGCACAGAAGCUGUUAUCUGCUACACUGAAGGAUCCUCAAGCCCUUCAACUUGCUGACUGCAAUCUCACUGAUAAAUUAUUUGAGAUUGUGGCCUCAGUUCUACAGUCUCCAAACUCCCUUAUAGAGCUAGACCUGAGCAACAAUGACCUGGGAGAUUCUGGAGUUCAGCUUCUUUCUAAAGGACUGUCUAGUCCCCACUGCAAGUUGCAGAUAUUAAGGCUUGCUGGCUGUAAACUCACAGAUAAGUCAAGUGAGGUGGUGGCCUCAGUUCUACAGUCACCAAACUCCCUGAACGAGCUGGACUUGAGCAACAAUGAUCUGGGAGAUUCUGGAGUUCAGCUUCUUUCGAAAGGACUGUCUAGUCCCCACUGCAAGCUGCAGAUACUAAGGCUUUGCAAGUGUGGUUUCUCAGGCGAAGGAUAUGUUUGUCUGGCUCUGGCCCUGAUGGUAAACCCCUCCUGUGUGAAAGAGCUGAAUGUGAGCAACAAUCACCCGGGAGGAUCAGCACAGAAGCUGUUAUCUGCUACACUGAAGGAUCCUCAAGCCCUUCAACUUGCUGACUGCAAUCUCACUGAUAAAUUAUUUGAGAUUGUGGCCUCAGUUCUACAGUCUCCAAACUCCCUUAUAGAGCUAGACCUGAGCAACAAUGACCUGGGAGAUUCUGGAGUUCAGCUUCUUUCUAAAGGACUGUCUAGUCCCCACUGCAAGUUGCAGAUAUUAAGACUUGCUGGUUGCAAACUCACAGAUAAGUCCUGUGAAAUUGUGACUACUGUUCUGCAGUCACCAAACUCCCUGAUAGAGCUGGACCUGAAUAACAAUGACCUUGGGGAUUCUGGAGUUCAGAUACUUUCGAAAGGACUGUCUAGUCCCCACUGCAAGCUGCAAAUAUUAAGGCUCUGUAAGUGUGGUUUCUCAAGUGAAGGAUAUGUUUGUCUGGCUCUGGCCCUGAUGUUAAACCCCUCCUGUGUGAAAGAGCUGGAUGUGAGCAACAAUCAUCCUGGAGAAUCAGCACAGAAGCUGUUAUCUGCUACACUGAAGGAUCCUCACCGCAAAGUUGAAGCCCUUAUACUUUCUGGUUGUAAACUCACAGAUAAGUCCUGUGAGCUUGUGGCCUCAGUUCUACAGUCUCCAAACUCCCUGUUACAGCUGGACCUGAAUAACAGCAACUUGGGAGAUUCUGGAGCUCAGCUUCUUUCUAAAGGACUGUCUAGUCCCCAGUGCAGACUGCAGACAUUAAGCCUGCAGAGCUGCAGCAUUGGAGAGGAAGGAUUCACAGCUCUUGCAUCAGCACUGAGAUCAAACCCCUCACACAUGAGAGGGCUGUGGCUGAUGGGGAGUAAAGCAACAGACUCAGGAGUGAAGCAUCUUUCUUCUCUUCUGGAGGAUCCCAGCUGUAAACUGGAGAUACUAGACCUGAAUGACUGCAGCAUUGGAGAGGAAGGAUUCACAGCUCUUGCAUCAGCACUGAGAUCAAACCCCUCACACAUGACACAGCUGUGGCUGAUGGGGAGUAAAGCAACAGACUCAGGAGUGAAGCAUCUUUCUUAUUUUCUGGAGGAUCCCAACUGUAAACUGAAGCUAUUAGGCCUGUAUAACUGCAGUAUAACAGAUGAAGGUUUCAGAAUGUUAGCAUCAGCACUGAGAUCAAACCCAUCAGCCCUCAGAGAGCUCUGGCUGGGGGGGAAUCAGCCUGGACCCUCAGCACAGCAGCUGCUCUCUGAACUGAAGAAACAUCCAAACUGUAAACAUAUACAAAUGCAUGGAGUUUAAUGAAUCCAUCCCAUUGUGUUCAACAUGAAAGACGUGUUCACACUGUGCAUAAAUAAGUUGAUGUUGAAGACACUGUACUGUAUGUAUACUGUAUAGGGCAGUCCUUUUUACUCAAUAGGAGUUUUGUUCUGUUUCUGUUCUCCAGUUAUGUCAUCCUUUAAUGAUCUCUCCCUCUCAGUUGUGUUCAGGUUUUAUCACAUUAAUAUUUGAAGUCAUAUGUUUUAAAGUGACCUUUGUAAAUACACAGAAAAUAUACGCAGUACUUUAUGAAGAAUGUUUUUAAUACAAAAACAUUUGUAUCAGUAAAUAUAUGUAAUGUGGCAAUUCACAUGAAUUUUGAACAGACAUUUCUAGACAGGCAUCCAAGAAGUAAAUAAAAAUCCACAAAGAAUAAGAUUCAUAUUGCAGUACUAUCAAUACAUUUAUGUAAAACUUCCUUUGUAAUGCCAGC